AUGGAAUGCCAGUAUGUUGCAACACAAAGAGGUGGCAUUGCUCUACUCUAUGAAGGUCAUCGUUACAAUAAGGUUCGGGAUGGAAAAGAAGGAACAGUUUAUUGGAGAUGUGCUCGUGACAGGCAGUGCCCUGGUAGAGCUGUGACUGUGUAUAGCCGUAUAAAGAAAGCUAACAAUAAGCAUAACCAUCCACCAGAUGCCUGGCGCAAUAAAGUGGACCAAGUUGUUUCAGAUUUGAAAUUGCGUUCUCAAGAAGAAAUUACUCCACUUCCAACUUUGUUUACAGAAACUUUAAAAUAUUUAGCUGUUAAUCCUCAGAUGGCUGCACUUGCUACUAUGGUACCUUCCUUAUCUGCUAUUAAAGCUGUGGAACGCACACAAAGCAGAGGAAUGCCUGCACUUGUUCCAUUUAGAGAAAUGAGUCCUGAUGAUGACUGGUUAUUGUCUAAUAGUGCAUCAACUUCAGAACCUUUGGACAUGGCAAUGAAAAAUACUGGUGUUUUGUUAAAGAGAAUGAGAGCUCUGUUAAAAAACACUAAUUAUGUGACUGAUCCUCUGCAAGCUUACAUCAUUCCAUGUACCGAUGCUCACCAGAGUGAAUACCUUGCACCAUGUGACAGACGUCGAGCUUUUAUCUCAGGAUUUACUGGUACAACAGGAACUGCUGUGAUAACAGAAAACCAUGCAAGUUUGUGGACAGAAAGAAGGUAUUUUCAGCAGGCAGACAAACAGCUUGAUAACAACUGGACGUUAUUAAAGGAAGGUUUGCCUGGAACUCCAGCUAUUCAUGAAUGGCUGUCAAGGGUGCUGCCUGUUGGAAGUAAAGUUGGUAUUGAUCCUCUUUUAAUAUCCUAUGAAGAUUGGAUUGAGUUGUCUUCCAAAUUAGAAAUGUCCGGGCAUUCUUUACAUGCUGUGUCUCAAAAUUUGGUUGAUUUAAUUUGGGAUGAUAGACCACCUCUUCCUUCAAAUAUCAUUGAACCAAUGUCAUUAGUUUAUACAGGAAGGUCAUGGCAGGAGAAAGUUGUUGAUGUGCGGCUUAUUAUGAAACAAAGAGGAGCAACUGCUUUAAUAGUUACUGCUCUUGAUGAAGUAGCAUGGCUUUUCAAUUUACGUGGUAGUGACUUCGAUUAUAAUCCUGUUUUCCUUGCAUUUGGAGUUGUUACUUUAGAAACUGUUUACCUUUUUGUAGAUGAAUCAAAAAUAACAGCACAGGUUAAACGUCAUUUCCAAGAAGAUUGUUUUGAUAAAAUAAGAGUAGAAAUUCGCCCUUAUCAGUUGAUCAAGGAAUUUUUAAGUUGGCUGGUAAAUCAGCAACAUGAUAAAAUUUGGAUCAGUAGGAAAUCAAGCUAUGCUUUGUUAAGGUUGAUCCCAGAGGAUUGCCGCAUUGAAAGUCCAAAUCCUGUUUUAUUAAUGAAAGCUAUCAAACAUGAUGUUGAAAUAGAAUGUAUGCGUCGUGCUCAUGUCAAAGAUGCUGUUGCUAUUUGUGAAUUUUUUGCCUGGCUUGAAGAUGAAGUGUCCUCUGGUGAUGUUACUGAAUAUUCCGCAGCUCUUAAAAUAGAAGACUUCAGAAGGCAACAAGAAGAUUAUGUUGGGCCAAGUUUUGAAAUUAUUUCUGCAUCAGGGCCAAAUGCAGCUUUAAUUCAUUAUCAUCCAUCUGAAGAAACAACAAGAGUUAUUUCAACAGAAGAAUUUUAUCUUUGUGAUUCUGGUGGGCAGUAUAUAGAUGGAACAACUGAUGUUGCAAGAACGUAUUUUUUUGGUACACCUUCCCAAUAUGAAAAGGAAUGUUUCACUAGAGUAAUGAAAGGACAUAUUGCCAUAUCAUCUGCAGUUUUUCCUAGACAUAUCAAAGGUCAAAUGCUUGAUACUUUAGCACGAAAAUCAUUAUGGGAAGUAGGUCUUAAUUACAUGCAUAAAACUGGACAUGGUGUUGGUGCCUAUCUAACAGUUCAUGAAGGGCCAACUGAAAUUGAUUGGAAGCCUAAUCCUGAUGAUCCAGGGUUACAGGAAGGGAUGAUUUUAUCUAAUGAACCUGGUUAUUAUGAAAGUGGGCGAUUUGGAAUAAGAAUUGAAAAUUUAGUUCUAGUGAAAAAGGCUGAUACUAAAUAUAAUUUUCAAGAAUGUGGAUUUCUUACCUUUGAACCCCUCACAUUAAUCCCAUUUCAAACAAAGUUGUUGGAUACUAGUUUAUUAACAGUUGAAGAGAUGGAUUGGUUAGACAAUUAUCAUCAAAUUUGCCGAGAUGUUGUUGGUAAAGCCCUAAGGGAACAGGGCAGACUUAGUGCCUUCCAGUGGUUGAUGAGGGAAACACAACCUCUAGGUUAAUAUCAUACCUAAAAUAAUUAAAUCAAUCUGGUUUUGUGCCAAAGUUACACAAGGUGGUACCAGUGUUAAAGAGUGUUACUUUGUUUAAAAAAAAAAUGGCAAUAGAUGUUAGGCUUAAAGCCAAACAGUUAUUUUGUCAAUAAUGUCUAUUAGUUUUUACUUCUUAAGGGAAGUAAAAUAAUGCAAGUAUGCAUUGCUGUAUUUGUGAUGUAUAUUUGAUGUUUGACAUAAGUUGUGAUAUACAUAUGAAUAAAUAUAUAUAUAAUAUAUAUAUAUACACACACACACAUAAUAUUCUGCCAGUGGUUGUCUCACAGGUGUGUAAUUUCUGUCUCUAAAUUUUGCUGAAAAAUUACUCAUUAACGUUUAAUUGUAGUGAUUAAACACACAUUUUCAUGAAAGAUUUUCGAGCCAAAAUAAUUCCAUAAUCAUGUACAAGAUAUUUCAAAUGAUAAUUUAUGAAUACUUGCAUUAAUCAGCAAAUUUUCCAGUGAAAUUUUAGAUUUGAAAAUUUUAAUGAACAAGUAUUCAGUGCAGUUUUUUUAAAUAAAUUUUUAUAAUGAACUUUUUUACCAGAGUUCAUUAGUUGGCUUUGUUUAGCUUAUUUUAAACAGCAAUUACACAUUGGUUUGUGGGAAAGGCUUAGGUCAAACCUAAACCAGUGCAUUUGCAGUGUGAUUAUUGUGUAGGAUGAAUGUUUUAGAAAAUAGGAUAGUGCCGUCUUCCAGUGAUUAGGUAAGUGAUAAAAUGUCUGUAGGGCCAAUUCUGAUAAUGCAAAGCAUAUCAUGGCAGACUUUAAUAUUAGCAAUACACAAACCUCAAGAGAUAGCUAUGUCUGACAUGUUGUCUUUUUAAGUGAUAAUUGUCUUGUAUAUGUCCUUAUGCACACAGAAGCCUAGCUUUUACAUUAUUUCAGUCUACUACUGUGUUAGAUAAAGUUCUUGGACUAUUUUUAUUUAGUAAAUUCCAAUGAUGUAGAUUAUUGUUCAAUUAACAGUUUUUUUCAGUGGAUUAUUUCAUUGAAGAACUGUUUUGUUUUGAGCUUAUUGUAUAUGCUAAUAGGCUAUGUAUUAUUACUCUGUUUAAACUGUAAAAUUUGUAUACUAGAAAUAUAUGUUGGUAAGAAAAGAACUAUUAUGUUUACUGUGGUAUAUUAUUGCAGGAAAUCUACUGCAUAAAAACUCAUUAUGUAAUUUUAUGUAGUCCAGAAAUACAGAUUUAAUAUUGUACUUCCGAGUUAAAGCAUUUUUAUUGCAGAAAAUCAUGUAAAACAUGCACAUAAAUAUGUUCUGGCUAGUCUCUUCAUUACAUCCAAUUCUGUAAAUUUACUCAUUAAGUUCUGAUAUUUUAAUACCAUUUUCAUAUAUAAAUAUAUCUGUUAUCUGUGUAUGUUAACAUAAUUCAUUGUAAAACAUAGAAAGUUGUCAAAAUUCUCUUUUAUAUGAUGGGUGGAAGAAUGUAUAAAACUACUUUCUUUUUGUGGUCAUGUUUUAAUGUUAUGGCUAGAAAUGGAAGUCUUUAGUGAUGCAUAUUUACAUCAUAUUUAUAUGAGACACACUUUUGCCAUAAAAAUAUUUUAUGUAGUAAUGCAUCACAUUGAAGGUUUCAUUCUUUCUCAUGUUACAAUAGGGAAGGUAUAUUUCAGAAAGGAAGUAUUAUUUCAGAAACAAUGAAUGCAUGCUCUACCUACAUUAUGAAGGAAGAGUAUUAACAGUUCUUAAAUAUUUAGGUUAUGUACAUUCCUUUACCUGAAACAAAUUACUGUUUUCCAAACACAUCCCAAGCAUUUGAUGGGAAAAGAAAUUAAUAUAUUUACAAGUGAAAAUGUUUUAAUAGAUUUUAUUUAUUUGUAAAAAUAAAUUUUAAAUUUGUAAGCUUUUAUCUGUUUAGUGUGCAUAUUUGAAACGAGGUAUUUUAUUGUAAAAAUGUUUUGUUAUUAAAUUACUGCUAGAAUAUUGUUAUGAAAUAAGUGUAAUUUUCAGAGCUGUCUGAGUUGUUGUCCUGCAGGAAUUGUAAAUAACAUGAUUGGAUUUAGUUGUGAAGUAUGCGUUUUUGUUUAAUUUUACUUUUUGUGAAAGAAACAUGGCAUUGCUAUGUUUAAAAAGCAAUAAUUGUAUUGAAUCAUUUGUGCUGUUAUAAGAAGCAGUUCUGUGUUGUUUUUAGGAAUACUAUACGUAUGCAUUUUAAUAGCUGUAAAGAUAUCUGUGUUAAUUCAACAUCGUCGAGAUGGCGAUUGUAGGAUUAUCAGAUUCCUUCAAAUUAUAGUUUUUAUAUGACUUUGUAAUAAUUGUUGUAACAUAUAUGUAAUCUUUGGGGUAAUGUUUUUGAACUGUUAUGAAAGCUGGAAGGAGUAGUAAAAUUUUUCUAACUCUCGCAGUGGAAGAUAUAUCCUUAAUGCAGGCCUGGAUAUUCAGCACUGCCUUCCUGAAGUAAAUAAAAUAUGCAAUAUAGUAUUCAAGUGUGGCAAUAAAAGUUUUUUAAUAUUACUUUAGAAGUAAGUUGGACAUUCAAGUUUUAUUUAUCUUUUAAAUACGAGGAUUUGUAUGUUUCAUUAAGUUUAUACUAUAGCUUCUUUUCGUAUUACAUUACAGCAUAAGCAAUAAAGGUUUCUUUGUUUACUCUUCAUUCUUAUGUGUACUAUUGAAAUCGUAAAGAUAGCUGUUGCUAAUUUGUUUUAUCGAUAACAUUUUGGAAAUGCAAGUUAGAAACUCAGGCAUAUAAUUUUAAUAAAAUACAUGGAUAAGUCCUUGUUCCAUUCAAAAUGUGUGUAGUACAUGGAAAGAUAGUUAAGCAUAAGUAGUAAGUCAUAAAGAAAUCAUAGACAUGGGUCAGCUUUUGGCAUAUUUUACUAUACCUAAUAGCAGAUUUCAAGCUUAAAUAAAGAGCUAUUGAAACAAUUAAAUCAAGCAUUUUAUACUGAAGUUUUAUUAGGAUUGAAUUUAUCAGUUUACGCCAAAGUAUAUUGAAAACUAAAUGAUAAUUAUUCUAAGCACACACACACAUAUAUAUAUAUGAACAUUAGUGUGAAAUUUUAAUUUUUGUUUUAUUUAAAAAAAAUUUAUUUUGUAUUUUGCGUCAGUAGACAAUAAAAUGAAAAAGAAGAAUGUAUUAAAAAUAUCGCUCCAUCAUGGAUUAUAAAAUAGAGAAUGAAAUUAGAGAAAAUUAGAAUGCAUGUUAGCACAUAUAUAAUCAAAUUUUCUGAUAGAAAACACAAGGUUUUUAAUUAUCUAAGCCUUGGAUAGCUUGCCUGAAAAUAAUAGAGGUAUAUAUAAAUACAGUAAUAUUUUAAUUCUAAAUAUUGAAGGCACCAUAGUAAUGUAAACUGUUAAAAAUAACAGAAUUAAAAUUUUUCUGGCAUUAAAUUCAGGGAAGAAAAUCUCUUUCAUAAUAGCACAUGAUCUCUUUGCAUCAGGUUAGAAAUUCUUUUUACUAAUUCUACAGCAGUAUACCUUUUGGAAAUAGAUGAGAUAUAAAUAUUACUGUAUAAAAAUAAUGUGAACAUACCAUAAUCUGAACUCUCUGAAUAGUGUUGAAAAGAUAAUUCUUUUUCUUAACUUGCAUAUUCUGAGCACACACACAUAUAUAUAGUAUAAUAUGAACAUUAGUGUGAAAUUUUAAUUUUUGUUUUAUUUGAAAAAGAAUUUAUUUUUUGUUUUGCAUCAGUAGACAAUAAAGUGAGAAAGAAGAAGACGAAAUGCUGUCAUGAUACAUAUUGCCUCUUCCUCCCUCUUUCUUUUUUAAUUAAAAUCAACAAAUUUUGGUUUUGCAAUCCAUGCAUUAAUUAGCUUGGUUUUAAGGAAAUAUGCAUUUAGACAGAUACAUAAUCUAUGCGUUGUUUAAGCCUUUAAAUCUAAAAGCAGACAUUAACAGUCUAAUUUCAGAUAAUGAUUGCUUUCCAUAAAAUACCACACCUUUGAUGGUCUUUCAUAAAAACCUAAAAAUAAAGUGAAUCAAGAUAAUUCAUAAAUGAAAGUUGAUUGAUAAAGAGUUAGUUUUUCAAUUAAUUAGCAAGUUAAUCGUUUUUUAAAUUUAAUAACUCUUCUAAUUGGUUAAGGCAAAGCAUCCAGGUUUAUCUGCUAAAAGAGGGAUGCCUUCAUGGAGGACUUUUGAAGGACAGCUGGCUAAUUUACAUAGUGAAAAAACACCCAUGCAGCUAUGAAUUGAACCUCUCCUAAAUUGUGUUGAGCAGGUGUAUUUGCCUGACUGCUGGUGGGCUGUUGCUCGAUUAACAGAUGCAGAAUUUCAGCAUGGUGUGUAUUUUAAAACCAGUAGAAUUUAUAUAUAUUUGCAUUUAAUAAUUUUGGUACGAGUUCUUAGAAAAUGAUUUCAUACGUUCUCAAAACGUUCUUUGGCAGCGUUUAAAGAUAUGAUUUAUAAUGUGUUCUAUUUCAUGACAUUCAGGAGAUAGUUAAGAAUAUAUAUAUAUAUAUAUAUAUAUUACUUUGGUAUGAAUUAUAAUUUUAUAUACCAAUCCAUUGUAGGCAUUCAUAAGCAGUUAUAAACAACAGUUGCAGCUGCUAUCAUAACUAUGAAACUACAUGCAAGUGCACUGGUACUUAAGAAAUAACCUUAAUGUUCACAUUAAAAAUGUUACAUUAAUAUUUUUAUCCCUUUUAAAUAUUUUUGAUGUAGAAACAAGUGUAAUGUUAUGAAAUGUGAUUUUAUUAUAGCUUAAUUAUGUACAGCAAUUUGGCACAUCUUCUUGGCGAUGUGGCUCAGAAAGCUCUAAAAGAUUAGAUGCAUAUUUAUUAGGUAGUCUUAAUCUUCCAAAGAUCAGAUACUCCAACAGUAUUGAUUUCAUUGUAUUUAUAUUGUAAUCUUUGGUGGAAUACAGUAUUUUUUUUUCUUCUUCUUCUUUUUUUUUUUUUUUUUUUUUUUUUUUUUUUUUUUUUGUCUAUUUCAAUAUAACAGAUUAGCAAUACUCUUGGCCAAAAUGUUCCUUAAGAGUAAUUAUUUAUUUUUCAUUAAAGUCUAAUGCCAUUUUAGAUCACUAAAACGGUUUUGAAAUCCUUAGAAAAUUUCUUUAAAAUGAAGUUUUUAUUCUUAGAUUUUGAAUUGGAUCAAAUGCUUAGUUUUGUUGCAAUAUUUUUGCAACAAAUUUCUAUAUUUCUUUUUUUUUUUUUUUUACAUGCUUAAAAAUCAUUAAUGCUGAGAACUUUUUCUGUUGCAAGAACUUUUUUUAAGUUGUUUGCAAUAAAUAAAUAAAAAUUUAUGUACUGAAUUUAGAUUUUGUUUCAACAGUUAAUGAAUCUGAGUCUUUUAGUAUCAGUAAGCUUCUGAUGAAGGGGAACCUGUACCUAAAGUAUUUUGAGCAUUUAAAAUCUCUUACAAAACCCCUACCAGUCAUUCACAAAAACUUAGAAAAAUGAAAUACAUUCAAAUGCAUAAUAAAUGACUGCAUACAUACAGCAAUUAUAAACACAUUUCAUCUAUUUCUUUUGUUAAAUUUGGAAAUUGGCAGAAUACAUUUUAAAUGUUACAAGAUUAUUUUUGAAAUAACAAUGUACAUUUUUAUAUUAUCUUUUAGAAAUAUUUAAUUGAUUGCAUCUUCAUUAAAUUCAGGUAAUUGUUUUUGUGUUACUUGUAGGUUGUUGAGGCAGUAUGACUCUUAUUUUUGUAUAGUCUGACAGAAGAACGUGGGAGGGGGAUGACUUCUUUUGAUAUAGGGGUGCUUUCAUUCCAUUUUAUAAUCCUUGCUGGACUAAAAUUUUUUGUUUUUUCAUAUUAUGAUGCUUGCGCUACUAUGCAUGACUUUAUAUUUCUUGUUUUAAUUUAUUGAAAUUUUAUUUGUUUACAUGUAAUGUAAAUAAUUGUUUAUUUAUAUGGCAUUUAUCUGUAAGAAAUAUUUUAUGAGAAGCUGUUGACUGAAAAACAGCAAAGAUCAUUAUUGGAGUAUAUAAUUUCAAGUUAUGAGAGAAAAUGUUUAUUAUAUGUCCUAGCAAGUUGUUUAACUGGGUUUGAAGUAAUCUAUGUUUUGCUUCACAUUUAUUACUUACGUAUUUACUAAAGUAUAAAACCUUAUUUAUUGAAAACUAAAUAAACACUAUUUUAGAUCUUUGUCAAUAAAUAUAAUGUAAAAUUUCAGUGUGUAAGUAAGAAACACUUUUCUAAAACUACAGUAAUAAUCUGUAUUUGCAAUUUAAUUCUGCAUGAAAUCAGAAUGCAACAGUAACACUGUGUGUUUAAAGUAAUAUUGUGCACAAGAAUGAGAAUAUUCUGUGAAGUAACAUUUAAAAUUGGCGAGAACAGUUAAUUGCAGUAUUUUUAGAGCAUUUAUCCAGUUGUAAAUUACUUUAUAAGCUUGGCUGAAUCUGCCAUUACAAUAAUCAGUAUUAAGUAGAAUAAAAAUUUAAACCAAGCUUAAAGAGGAUUGAUUGCUUGUAUAUUAACAUCAUGUUAAUUUAUUUUCAAAUUUAAAAAGAUGGAUGGUAAAAAUUUUCCGCAAGCUGCUAGAAGCUAAUCUCUAAAAAUCUAUAAACCCUCUGGCUGCUCAUCCCGUGAUUUCCAUGGGCAACUCAAAUGUAGCCAAAUCUGCUUAUCUCGCGAUUUCCGUGGGCAUUUUUUCCCCCUUUAUUGAGGAGCACAUCCUGUUCUUUUCCUAUUUAACCACUGAAAUAAAUUAUAUGCUGUAUUAGACAUUUAGUUUGCGCUUUGGCCAACAGAUAUCGUUAGUUGUCCACUAAAUUACGGCAUUUGAAGGUACAUGGUAUUACUGCUCACACUGCACUUUUUUCUUACAGAAAUGGCUGCUAGAAAACAUUUAGCAGUUAUCUUGAUUUAUUGAAUUUGGUGCAAAGACUGUGAAGUUGGACUUUGCCUUGAACCCUGUUUUGAAAUCUAUCAUACUAAACUGCAUUUCUAAGAUAUUUUCCCCUCAGUGUUUUAUAUUUUCUUAAAUUUGAUAUAUUUUAC